UUGAUGCUAGCGCUGGAGGAUCUUUAGCACACUGUCUGGGGAUUAAAGAAUGAACAUCGGCAAUAAAACCUGAUUUUAGCUUCAAAACUACACGAAACUUGUUCGCAUUUACUUUUGAACGAGGAGAAGCCAUGUUUCGCUGCAAGACUGCUUGGUUUUCGAGCAGUGUGCCGGAGGAUCAUCUGGACUUUUGGAUACUGGAAGGUGGGGGCCUUUCAGGUUGGAGGGAAGCAGAUUACCUCUUCAGUGCAGAUGCAACAGCUCCCGACACGCUGAGGAUAUAUGAAAGCAAAGAUUACGUCUGGAACAAGGUGACUGUUCUACACAGCCUGUUUCUGGCUACCUGUGAAAAGCGGCAAAGUGUGAAAUCAGUGUGCAUCGGUCAUUAUGUGCUGCCUCCAGCUUCUGUACAGGACGAGGUGAGGAAAGUGGUUGGCAGGUUGAUUUGGGAACAGGAAGAUGAAGAAACAGCGGCACAGGAAGCACAGCAGGCUUUCAGCCCGUCAGAAGUCGAAGGCAGCGAGCGGGAAGUCAGAAGGAGCGUAUUUGAGGCGUCAGACACAGACUCGUCAGAGAAUGAAGCUCUCCUCUUUGACCCUUUAAGAAGCCCAGUUAGUGAUGAGGCCCCAGUGUACGUCAGCAUAGAGAGUCUUCCGAAAUAUUCUGGUGAUCUGCGUGACGUGCAUCCUGGGCUUUUCAGAUGUUCAAAAUGUAAAACCUACUUUUGUUUAGGGCACAGAUUUGAAAGAUUCCCUUCUAUGAAAGGGAAAUGAAACGUGUAUAAGACUUGGAAAUAAUUACAGGAACAAUGGCGAUCUCAUUUUGUGUUUUUGGCAUAUAACAUCUUUAUUAAAUGAUUUUGAGCGUUUGAUUAUAUUUGAAAUAUGCCGGUUGCCACAUUGUUUGUACUGCUGGUUUUUCAAUAAAAAGUUCACGUAGAUGUAUGUGU